AUGUUGCUUCUGUUGGUUGCUCUUCAGAGCCUGGGUGGUCUAUUGUUGCUGGCAAUAAUCCAAUUAUCCUGGACAUAUUUUACAACCCCGCUUAAGAGCAUUCCUGGUCCUUUCUUUGCCAAGUUCACCAAUCUCUGGCGUUUUUUCGAUACAUACGGAGGACGACCAGAGCUCACUCACCAGCUCCUCCAUAAGAAGCAUGGAAGCGCCGUACGGCUCGGGCCUAAUGUAGUCAGCAUCAGUGAUCCAAAAUAUCUGAGAGUCAUUUACAAUACACGGGGUGACUAUCUAAAGCUAAAGAAAACUGACCCCUGGAAGAGCAAAUUUUAUACGGUUAACGAUACGAAAGUCGGCAACCAGAUCAUUAAAAAUGUCUUCAGUACCCUUAGCAAUGAAUGGCAUUCCACAGCCCUGCGCCCAAUACAGAAGUUCUACAAGAUGUCUGCUGUGUUAGCCCAGGAGCCACUUGUCGACCUUACUAUUCACUCAUUUUUCAAGCAUCUUGACGAGAAGUUCGUCGACACCGGCAAGGCGUGCAAAAUUGACGAGUGGAUGCUUUUCUUCUCCUGGGACGUGAUUGCCCAAAUGACUUUUAGAAGGCCGAUGGGCUUCAUGGAUGAAGGUAGAGACCACUCUGGUCUACUUCACACGGCCGACAGGGCUCUUGACUACUUUGCAACAAUUGGCCAGAUCCCGGCGCUCGAUCACUGGCUUGCCAAGAAUCCAAUUCGACCCAUUGGACCCCCAAGUUUCGACUCAGCAGCCGUGUUUUGUGCUCAGCAAGUCAUGGAGCGAAAGCAAUCGGAAUCAAACCCUUCACGCCAACCAGAUAUGUUGGAUGGGUUCCUCGAGACACAAAAAGUGAACCCGGAGGCCGUCACUGAUAAUGAUCUUAUUAGCGCCCUCAUCGUCAACAUUGUAGCCGGUGCUGAUACCACGGCCAGUCUUCUGCGAUCAGUGAUUUACUAUGUCUUGAAGAAUCCAAAGGUGCAUAAGAGACUUCAGGAAGAGCUUGACAACGCCAAUCUCGCCACACCUGUACCAUAUGCGACAGCCACUACCUUGGUAUAUUUUGAUGCAGUUAUCAGAGAGAGUGGGCGCAUUGGUCCAGGCGUCGGACUCCUCCUCGAGCGUAUUGUACCUCAGGGCGGACUUGCACUCUCUGAUGGGAAACUCAUUCCAGCCGGGACUAUUGUUGGAAUGAACCCCUGGGUUAUCCAUCAAGACAAGGAAGUUUAUGGCGAAGAUGCAGCAUCUUUCAACCCCGAUCGCUGGCUGCGAGAUGUUGCAUCGGGAGAGACAGAAGAAGACUUCCAAGCUCGUUUCUCGCGCAUGAAGGCUACUGACCUUACUUUCGGUGCUGGCAAUCGCAUCUGUCUUGGGAAGAACGUCGCGCUCAUGCAAGUGUACAAAGCUAUCACUACUUUGUUCUUGACUUAUGAUAUGAGUCUUGUGGAUCCAAAGAAGGAAUGGCAUGUACAGAACUCGUGGUUUGUACGCCAAUCUGACAUCGAUAUCAAAAUUCAGCGACGAAAGGUAACGAAAGCAUAA